CUGCUCAUACAGUCUGAAACCUUCCUGAGACAUCAGAAGAAGAAGAAGCUGACAGCAGGACAGCUAAUCAAACAGAUGCGACUGUCUUUAGUGCUCCAUUAAAACACCCUGCCUUAGAUUUAGUGUUUGAUUUAUAACCAUGGAGUUAUCAGAGAUCCUCUACAAUAAGGCGGAGUACAUUGAAACGGCUUCAGGAAACAAAGUGAGCAGACAGUCGGUGCUGUGUGGGAGUCAGAACAUCGUCCUGAAUGGGAAAACUAUUGUGAUGAAUGACUGCAUCAUCAGAGGGGACCUGGCUAAUGUCAGGGUGGGCAGACACUGUGUGGUGAAGAGCAGGAGUGUCAUCAGACCACCCUUCAAGAAGUUCAGUAAAGGAGUUGCAUUUUUCCCGCUGCACAUCGGUGAUCACGUCUUCAUCGAAGAAGACUGCGUGGUCAACGCAGCGCAGAUCGGUUCCUACGUCCACAUUGGAAAGAACUGUGUCAUAGGUCGCCGCUGUGUGCUGAAGGACUGCUGCAAGAUCUUAGACAACACCGUGCUCCCUCCUGAAACAGUGGUGCCCCCUUUCACCGUCUUCUCUGGAUGUCCAGGUCUGUUCUCAGGUGAGCUCCCAGAGUGUACGCAGGACCUGAUGAUCGACGUAACCAAGAGCUACUACCAGAAGUUUCUGCCCCUCAGUCAGAUCUGAGUUCUGUUCCCACAGACUCCCCUUCACAGCCCGCUCCAGGUCCUGGUCCCUCAUCAGACUGAAGUGGACUUUGAGGGCUCACCUGCUGCUCUCAGAGUCCAUGAAUUUCUCUGACCGAGGAAAAACAUCUGCUCCCAUUUUCAGCCCUGAAAUUAUUUUACUGUUAAAUUAUGAGAAAAGCUUCAAGAUCCAAACCCUACCAGAAGAAAUGUUUGCUGUUUGCAGGAAGAGUUUCAAAAGUCUUUAAAUUCACAGAUCAUAAAGUGUUGCAGGUCUACAACACCUGCAAGAGGCUCUAGAGAAACUCAUGGACCUCGUUGUGACGGCUGAUGAUCACUGUACUUUGUGUGGGUGAAGAUGAGGAGCAGGACGAGCGGUGGAAGGAAAGAGGUGUUGAUAAAGAUAAGACACUCAUGGACCAAAACAAAGUGAGAUAACAGAUGUGUUUGAGGACGAACACGCCUGUGGUUUCACUCUGUCAUCUUCAUCUGAACGCUGUAAAAACUUUCUGCUUCUGAUUCAACACGUCACAUAUUAUUUAAACUGUGUUCGAUUUUAUUUGCAUACGUUCUAAUAAAUGUGUGGAGGUCAGCACAUGUCAAAUCUGGAUUAGUGCAGCGAUUAAACAAGUAUGAAUGAA